AUGUCUCCCACUUCUAUCGUUCGCUCUCGCUCUGUCCCUCACACCAUCCGCUCACCUCUAUCCAUCUCUCCUCGUCUUACCAAUGGCAACGACAGCUUGAAGGGGGACAGCGCUUACUCGAGCUACCAAUCUCAGGCCACGAGCCUUGAAGCAAGAUCCAGGUCUAAACACUCUAACAAUUUCAAGAAAGCAAGCUCUGCCGAGCCAGAGAUUAGCCCGACCAGAGACAAGUCGAACUCAGUCAAUAAGGAGCCUGCUAUCGAGGAGAUCGAGACCGACAAGGAGGAACAAUACCCUGAGGUAGUCCGAAAGGCGUUCGGGGAUCGCUACAACGAGCUUCCCUACGCCGCAGGCGAGUUCGUGGUCACCGGCUUCACUGAGACAGAGUGGAAGGCAUUGCAGGAGUGGCUUCAGACCCACGACGAGCUAAACCGGUACAGUUUUGAUUAUGAUCCAGAGAAGAACGAAUUAACAACGAUGUCGCCAACUCACCUACACAACCGUCUCGGUGCAUUGAAGAAGUUGAUGCUCCACGAGCGAUUCGUUGAAUACUUCCUUCCGCCGGUGUGGUUACGAAGGCUCCUCGGUAUUUCUGACGAUACCGCGGACUACGCGUCUGUGCGUGGAAAAGGAGGGAAGAAGAAGAUCGCCGACGCCGUCGAGGCAAUCAAAGUGGGCAGCGAACUGGUCAUCACUUCUCUGGACGAGACGGCGCAGUCUCAGCCUACGUACACCGAAUACGAAGGCGCUACGGAAGGCGUACUCAAUAAGAUCUUGGAGAUGGCGGACCGGUUCGUAGCCUAUCGAGAUGAGGAGGUCGACGAUGACGAUGAAGACUCACUGAACCUCAUCGCCCUCAACUGCUUCAGGAUCCAGGAGCUGCAGAAGACCGGUAGCGAGAAGGCGAAGUGGUCAUCGCCAGGGAUCGGUUAUCAUCGACUCAAAGACCUGAAAUUCGAUGCCGACGCCUACAACAAGAUGCUGAAGACGUACCCGGAGUUGAUACACAAAGCGGGUCCAUUCGUCGCGAAGGGCAAAGUCUUCUUCGGCGCUGUUCGCGUCUAUUGGUUUCACAUCCCCCUCGACCAACUGGAAAUCUUUAGGGAGGGCGUGAAGGCGAAGUGGCCGAUGGAGGAGUGGGUCGCUAGGGGCCUUGCAAUCCCUCUCCUCGAUUCGUAUAAUGAGGCGCAGCAGCUGCAGGUCGAGGCGUUCAUGGGCAAGGUCGUGCAAGCCUACAAGGAGAAACUAGCCUUGUUGGCGGGCCAACUGAUGCUCGAUGAGAAUGAGCAGACCAUCGACACGGCGCUGAUGGACCUCCCCCCAGAGGAACAUGAAAAGCGGCUCGGACAACUUCGCAUAUACCUGCUGCGCCUCCUCAAUCCGCCCGAGGAAACUCUGAACUUUGACGACUGCAUUCCUCGUCUUGUUCGCGAGAUCCGGUUGGGCGCAUACGGCACUGCAAGUGAACGCCUCUGCGACAACUCGAGGAUCACCGGUCAAGACGCGACCGUUUCGCAGGGCAGCAAACCCGGGAAGCGGGGGCGCAAUUCGAAGGGGGAAGACAUCAUGGCUCGCCUAGAUCGUCUGGAGAACAAUUAUCUCAAACGCAAGCGUGGGGAGGGUGUCGGUGACAGCAGCGAAGACGACUCGGAGGGCACCAACGAUCGUGCUCGCGAUGGACCGAGUACCUCCCGCGGAUACGACCGACGCGUACGGAUACGACCACCCGUCGCACACCAAUACGGCGAGCGCAUGCCGGGCUUGACCAGCCCCAGCAACCACGCACCGAUACUACGACCGACGGGUACGGGCAUGCACCGGUGCGUACGGAUACGACCGACGGGCACAGAUACGACCAUCCGUCGCACACCAAUACGGCGAGCGCAUGCCGGGCUUGACCAGCCCCAGCAAGCACGCACCGGUGCGUACGGAUACAGCCGAUGCGUACGGGUACGACCAUCCGUCGCACACCAAUACGACGAGCGCAUGCCCGGCUUGACCAGCCCCAGCAAGCACGCACCGAUACGACCGACGGGUACGGGUACGACCAUCCGUCGCACACCAAUACGACGAGCGCAUGCAGGGCUUGACCAGCCCCAGCAACCACGCACCGGUGCGUACGGAUACGGCGGAUGCGUGCGGGUACGGCCGAUGCGGACAGAUACGACCGACGGGUACGGAUACCACCAUCCGUCGCACACCAAUACGAUGCCGGGCUUGACCAGCCCCAGCAACCACGCACCGAUACGACCGACGGGUACGGAUACCACCAUCCGUCGCACACCAAUACGGCGAGCGCAUGUCCGGGUUGACCAGCCCCAGCAAGCACGCACCGAUACGACCAUCCGUCGCACACCAAUACGGCGAGCGCAUGCCGGGCUUGACCAGCCCCAGCAACCACGCACCGGUGCAUACGACCGACGGGUACGGAUACCACCAUCCGUCGCACACCAAUACGGCGAGCGCAUGCAGGGCUUGACCAGCCCCAGCAAGCACGCACCGAUACGACCGACGGGUACGGGUACGACCAUCCGUCGCACACCAAUACGACGAGCACAUGCCCGGCUUGACCAGCCCCAGCAAGCACGCACCGGUGCGUACGGAUACGGCCGAUGCGUGCGGGUACGGCCGAUGCGGACAGAUACGACCGACGGGUACGGAUACCACCAUCCGUCGCACACCAAUACGAUGCCGGGCUUGACCAGCCCCAGCAACCACGCACCGAUACGACCGACGGGUACGGAUACCACCAUCCGUCGCACACCAAUACGGCGAGCGCAUGCAGGGCUUGACCAGCCCCAGCAAGCACGCACCGGUGCAUACGACCGACGGGUACGGAUACCACCAUCCGUCGCACACCAAUACGAUGCCGGGCUUGACCAGCCCCAGCAACCACGCACCGAUACGACCGACGGGUACGGGUACCACCAUCCGUCGCACACCAAUACGAUGCCGGGCUUGACCAGCCCCAGCAACCACGCACCGCAAUACGGUGAACGCAUGUCCGGCUUGACCAGCCCCAACAAGCAGGACCACUCGGUCGACCAGGUCGACCAACACCAGGCCGCAGGCGGCUCCAUGAAAAAUAGUAAAUUCACGAAGGGCAAGGCGAAAGAAGUGGCCGCCAAGAAGAAGGGUCAGGAAAGGGAGAAGGAGAAGGAGAAGGAGCGACGCACUACUCAGGUCCGGAAGAGGGCGUCGAAGAUAAUGGCCGAAGAAGAAUUAUUGAGUGAUGAAGAGCAACCGAAAACAAAAAAGAAGAAGCGUGCUGUGGUGGAGGACGAGGCGGAAGCCGAUGAGCAGGAUAAGGCAGUCGAAGACACGCCAGAAGAUGUCGAGAUGGAGGAUGACACUACUAGUAAGCAGCCUACUACCACUCGACCCAAACCGAAGCCGGCAUACGGUAAAUUCGCGAGACCCGAGACGUCCUUGGAUCCCGCCGAGGAGAAUGUUGCACAAACACUGAUCGGGGGGCGGCGUGAAGCCAGGGAGAACGCUGGCAGUAGUCGUAAGGGCGGUGUGCUGAAACCGACAAAACCUAAGUCUGGCGGUGGCAAGUCCACUCACGGUACUGCCAAACCGAAGGCACUGCCGGUGAGUGGGAAGGACAAGGGUAAGGCCCGAGCAACAGGCAAGGAUGACUCGGUCGAGAGCGAGCAUGACCCCAAAUCAGACGAAGACAGCGAUGGCGGAGGCAGCGAUGAUGCUUAUGACGAUGACGCAGGCGACGAUGGGAGUCAGGUCGAGGAUGAGGACGACGUCGACGAUGUAGGGCCUGAGUCUCAAGAGUCGGAGGACGGAGACGAUGAGGGCGAGGACGAGGGCGAUGUGGUAGUCGUGUCUGAGACGAGGGCGCAAAGCAAGCCGGCUCUCGCCAAGUCGACGGGCAGUGGUCGAGACAGCAGCAGUCGCGCCAGGGUCGCCGACUUACCAGCCAAAGUCAGGACUCUCGUCUCGGCCGCGCAAAAUUGUCUGCGACUACGCAUUGCGCUCAACUCGGCGUGGACGAAGGAGGCUUCAGUCGCGUCCAAGCGGCUGCCAAGGAGGGAUAUACUAAUCCGUGACAGUGUUCGCGACGCUUAUGACAGACGAGGGACUGGCAACCAUGCUGCCGACAUCAAGGCCGCGUUUUGGCUGCUGGCCGACAAGAAGGACGACAAGAAGAAAGACAAGAAGGAAGCGGAUCACACCCAGAAAGACAAGAAGAAAGCGAAUGGCGAUGCGAGCUCGGAUGGUGACGAGGACUCGGAACGAGCCGCUUUGAGAGCGAAGGCCUACUCCGUGGUCUGGACUUGCUCAUCACAGACUCGGAACGAGCUCAAGAGGAAGGCGAAGCAAGUGAUAGAGCAGACCUUCAAGCUUGGCAGCCUGACAGUUCCUCAAAGGACCGAGGUCGUCGUUUGGCUUCUCGAGACGCACCCAACGGAAGUGAAUGACGGUUCCGGGACACGCAACAUCGCGAACUUCGUCUUCGGGGGCGUAGAGUUCCACUUCGAUCGCAAGAAAAAGCUGGAUCGAGAGCUUACCAAGGUCGAGCCCACGGAGCCAUUCCGAAACGAAUGCAUCCCUGAGCUCAUCUACCAGUACUACGGCCUGGCAGGACGCGGCGAUGCGAACAUCAAUGCGGCCCUGGAUGAGUUCAGCAAGAUGCCCUUCAACCUCAUCGCCCUCGCAUGCAACGCGAUCGAGGCAGCACUGAUGGAGGUAACGUCGCACAACCAGUCCAUAUUUUUCUCCGGCAAGCUUUUCGCGGCCAAGUGGGAUGGCACGAUGGCCAUCCUAGAGACUCUGGAAGACAGUGCCAGCGAGUACCUCGAAGAGACGCGAGAGCUCAUAUGGAAGCACAUCAGCAAUCGUCUCAACGCUGGCCCCAACGCGCUCGAGGGAGUGACGGACAGCGAUGAGCAGCCGGGCAGCUUCAUCCCUUUGCUCCAGUUGCGUGCAUCAAAGGCGCAGAGCAGCAGCGACAAGCCCGGCACAUCGAAGGCUGCGACCAAGCCGCCGUCGAGCACCGCGAAGAAGGGCAAUAAAUCCACCACAUCAUCGAAGACCGCGGGCAAGCCGUCCGGCUCAUCGAAAAGCGCGAAGACACCGAAUUCUUCGCAGGCUGCGAAGAAUCCACCCAGUCCAUCGAGGAAGACUCGCGGUGCAGGCGCGUCGACUUCGAAGUCACAGAACCACCAACGGCGCGACUCUGACGGCAGCGAGGGCGGUGAAGCGGGUGGACAGGGCCACAGUGAGGACGAAGGGGGCGCCGGACUCUCUGGCGAAGGCGGUGAAGGGGUUCAGACUGAGAUCGAUGAACUCCGCGGGUCUGGAGAAGACCGUGGCAGUGGAGCAUCCACGAACGGCGGGGCCUGA